AUGAUUUUGCUCAGCAGCUUCUUGCACCUGCGGCCUCGGCGCUGCGGCCCCUUCGCAGGGCUGUGCAGGGGGGCCGGCCCCGCAGCGGGGUCCCGCAGGGCUCUGCGGGUGCUGGUGGACAUGGACGGGGUGCUGGCCGACUUCGAGGGAGGCUUCCUCAAGAAGUUCAGGGCCAGGUACCCCGACAAGCCCUACAUUGCCCUGGAGGACCGGAGGGGCUUCUGGGUGUCGGAGCAAUACGGGCGCCUGGGACCUGAGCUGAGUGAGAAAGCCAUCAGCAUCUGGGAAUCCAAGAACUUCUUCAUUGAGCUGGACCCGCUCCCCGGGGCUGUGGAAGCUGUGAAGCAAAUGGCAAAUUUGGCAGACACCGACGUGUUCAUCUGCACAAGCCCAAUCAAGAAGUACCGGUACUGCCCUUACGAGAAGUACGCCUGGGUGGAGAAGCACUUCGGCCCCGAGUUUCUUGAGCAGAUCGUUUUGACGCGAGAUAAGACAGUGGUUUCUGCUGACCUGCUUAUAGACGACAGACCUGAUAUAACAGGGGCCGAGCUGAACCCCAGCUGGGAGCACGUGCUCUUCACGGCCUGCCACAACAAGCACCUGCAGCUGAAGCCCCCCAGCCGCAGGCUACAGUCCUGGACCGACGACUGGAAGGCCAUUCUGGACAGCAAACGCUUGCCACCUGGCAGGGCCACCUAAACCCUGGCCUCCUGUGGCCACCCAGAGCUGUGGCCACCCGCUAGUGUCCCUGUGGAGUCCUACUGAAGGCUGAAAGUACAGAUGGACAGAUGGAUACUGUGGAGAGGAAGAGGAGGGGGACCUGAAGUGCCAUGGCCACCUGGACCCAGGGAGCAGACCCCAGCCUGGCUGUGCCACAAGGGACCGGCAGCAGGAUUGGACCAGUGGGCCGGAGAGCCCAGCCAGGGAGCAUUUCCCGCCAGCUCUGGGGGUCUCUGUGCUGUGUCUGCACCCCCCUCAAGGCCAGCCCGAUGUUUCUGGCAGAUGAGGCCACCCUCAGCGUGUCACCGCCCUUGUCCAGUGUUCUGCGUGGCAUACGCCGGCUCUCCAUCCUGCUCUGUGUAUUGCAGUCAGGGAUCGCGCGGGUGGUUCAUUGCAUCCUCGCAGGGCUUCGUAGCAAGGGGCUGCCUCAGGGGACAUUUCCCUCCCGGACAGUGCCUGGGUCGGGAGAGAGGGGCGGCUGGAAGGACAGGGGGAGCAGCUGGACGCUGCCCAGGCUCCAUGCACCGGCUCAGCUGUGCUGUUCGUUGCAGCCGAUACGACGGGGUGACUACAUGCUUCCCUGCAGGAAGAGUCCCUGCAGCAGGAUAUGGGGACAGUGACACUUGUCCCGUGGAUCUGGCCAUGGGGAGAGAGCCUUGAGGCACUGUCACACCUGAGAUGUAGCCAUCCUGCAGCUGGCGGGAGGGAUUCCCGCUCGCCCUUGGCCCUGAGGAGCUGCCACAGCUUUAGAGCCGAUUUGGGAUGAAGAGAGGGGCUCUUCUCGCACCUACUUACUGCUCACGGGCCGCUCGCCUGGGGCAUUGCUGGGGCAGCGAGCAGGCAGCGGCAGUGCCAGCACCAGCCCUUCCUGGGAGCUGGGCAGCUCCUGCAGGAGCUCAUGGCUUACCCCGCCAGCCGGUGAUCGGAUGGUAGCUCCGUGGAUUUCAAAGCCAGGGAGGUCUGCCCAUGCCAGCUGCGUGAUCAAAGCGCCCCAUCUCCCUCCUGGUAGUGUCUGACAUCAGCCUACCAGGAAAGCUCUGGGUGUGUGCCCACUGGGCACCCUGCUUCCACGCAGAGGGUCCUGGAUGCUGCAUCUCACCAGGGACAGGCAUUGAGAUGGUCGAUGCCACAGAGCAUCCUAAAGCCUUCAGUGCGGAGCCACCUGGGAAGAUGCCGCUGGGUGGAGAAGCGGGGCUGGUGGAGGCAUUACAGCGUCACUGAGAAGUGGGUAAAGCAGAGGCACCACAGGUGUCCGAAGGGCAGGUUGAGGGUUGCUGUUGGUGGAGGAUUGUUGUGGCCGCAUCCAUGGAUGCUGUUUUCACUCCUCACAUACCACAAGGGAAGUUGGGACGUUGCUGUUAAAGGCUGGGGAGCCCAUCAGAGGUGCCCACGAGGCUGCAUCACGGGAUUAGUUUGUUCUGCAGCUGCCUGCGGCUCCGCUGCUGUCCCGGUUCUGGAUGUCUAGGGACAGAGCAUGCUGCUGGCCCUGCUCGCCUCGUGCUGGGACCCCUGCAGCAAGGUGUUCGGCUGCCUGGCUGUGCGAAGGGGCUGCGUCAUAUGUGGCUGUCCGUGCCAGCCACCACUGCCGGAUGACCAUGCCAGGGCUGCUGGGAAGCUGCAGCUGGGCACUGGAAAGGGAGCGUUUGGACCAAGGGACAGCUCCAAGAGGGAUGCCUUUUACGUAGAUGUGCCCACAGCCUCUUCCUCCCCUGCCUGGGUCAUUCCUGCACCAGCCCGUCCUUGAACUGCAGCGACCUGGCUGGCACUGGGAGCAGCACCACAAAGCAGCCGCUGCAGCUUCUCCUCUGCCCGGCCCCGGAGAAGAGCCGUCCCAGUUGCUGGGGAGAGCCGGGCGUCCCCUCCCUGCCUACAGAAGCCGGUGCUGGGCUGCCCUGGGCAAAGCCCCAGGGAUGCGUCGGGUGCGUCAGGGCUGGCGUGUGCUUGCGUCACUGCUGACACCGCAGAGGCCACGCAGCCCCCUCUCCCGCCUGCCCCCACACCAUCCGGGAUCCCACCGCGCGCUCCUGCUCUCCUGGCCCGAGGACUUGCUGGCUGCAGGAGUAAAAUUCCCCACUGGGACACAGAGCUCCACAGGCAGGGGUGGUAGCCAGGGCUGGGCCGGGGUUAGCCACCCCGCACUGCUUGCUCAUGCAUUUGGCUUGCCUCUCCUCUCUCCUAUGGGACGCCCCAUCAGCAAAAAACUAUGUGAGCUCAAAGCUACAUAGCCAACAAAUAACCUAUUUCAGCAGCAGCAGCUGGCCCCCUGCCAUGUCCGGGACCUGGAGGGGCUACUGAAGUCGGUGCUUCCGAGUCUGUGCCUUCCCCAACUGCUGCGGGGCCGGGGACAAAGCCCACAUUCUCUUGGGUCUUUCUGAAAACUGCCCCGUCGCUUGGGAUGGGGUGAUUGCGUAAAGACAGCACAGUUUGGCCCAUGGCGGUGGGAGUUACAUACCACAAGGAUU